GGGUGGAGCCCGUGUAGUGAUCUCCAUGGCAGCAGACUCCGGGGCGAUCACUAAUGAGGACUCUGAAUCUGGAGAGGAAGAAGUUUCAGGUGUACAACAUGAUUCAGCAUUUUAACAGAUUAUACUCCAUUAAAAGUUAUUGCAAGAUAGAGCUUCCCUGGUGGCGCAGUGGUUAAGAAUCCGCCUGCCAAUGCAGAGGACAAGGGUUCGAGCCCUGGUCUAGGAAGAUCCCACAUUCUGCGGAGCAACUAAGCCCGUGCGCCACAACUACUGAGCCUGCGUUCUAGAGCCCGCGAGCCAGAACUACUGAGCCCACAUGCCACAACUACUGAAGCCCACGCCCCUAAAGCCGUGCUCCGCAACAAGAGAAGCCACCGCACUGAGAAGCCCGUGCACCCCAACGAAGAGUAGUUCCCGCUCGCCGCAACUAGAGAAUGCCAGUGCGCAGCAAUGAAGACACAAUGCAGCCAAAAAGUAAACAUGUCAAACCUUUUACACCAGAGAAAGCGAAAGAAAUUAUAAUGUCUUUACAACAACCUGCAGUCUUCUGUAACAUGGUUUUUGAUUGGCCAGCCCAACACUGGACUGCAAAACAUCUUUCUGAGGUCCUUCAGGGCAAGCAGAUACGAUUCAGGAUGGGAACGAAACACACAGAUACAGCUCCUCAGUUUGAAACCACAUGUAGUUACGUAGAAGCUACGCUUGAAGAGUUUCUGACCUGGAACUGUGACCAAUCUAGUAUUUCUGGACCGUUUAGAGACUAUGAUCAUUCCAAAUUCUGGGCUUAUGCUGACUAUAAAUAUUUUGUCAGUUUAUUUGAAGACAAGACAGAUAUUUUCCAGGAUGUGAUAUGGUCUGACUUUGGGUUUCCUGGAAGAAAUGGACAGGAAAGUACGUUGUGGAUCGGCUCCAUGGGGGCCCAUACACCCUGUCAUCUGGACACCUAUGGUUGCAACCUAGUAUUCCAGGUACAAGGAAGGAAAAGAUGGCAUCUCUUUCCUCCUGAAGAUACUCCUUUCCUUUAUCCAACUAGAAUCCCUUAUGAAGAAUCUAGUGUGUUCAGUAAAAUCAAUGUUGUCAAUCCUGAUUUAAAAUGUUUUCCUCAAUUCUGGAAGGCUCGAAGACAUAUGGUUACCCUGAGCCCCGGACAGGUUCUGUUUGUCCCCAGACACUGGUGGCAUUAUGUGGAAUCCAUUGAUCCUGUCACUGUCAGUAUAAACUCAUGGAUUGAGCUGGAAGAGGACCACCAAGCCCGGGUAGAAGAGGCAAUCACCCGCAUGCUUGUGUGUGCCCUGAAAACUGCAGAGAAUCCACAUGAUACCAGAGCUUGGUUAAACCCAACUGAGGUUGAGGAAACAUCCCAUGAAGUCAAUUGUCGCUACUUAAAUGGAGCCGUUUCUGCUUUUUUUGAUCAUUAUGGAACAUCUAAGGUAGUAGAAACCCAAGCGCUGAGCACAAACGGAGAGUACGUGAUAAAGGAAGAAUUAAAUGUGCACAACCACGUGAAGGUAGAACAAACUAGUAGCCACAGCUUAACCUUGGGAACAGUAAGUCAGGAGGCAGCAAGUCCCUUUGGUCCUGAUCUGGUUCCUGUGAUACCAGGUUCCCAAGAACCACCCUCAGAAAGAGGAGGCAUGUUUGAAAGUGAUGGUGAAGACUUUGUUGACAAAAAUGGAAAACGCUUUGGAAAAUUGCAUUAUACCAAGAGACGACGAAUGAUGAGUGAAAGUGAGAAUGCAGUAGUGGAACAAAUUGCUUCAAAUAGUACUGUGGCCCCUUCCCAGACAUUCCUUUCUACAGAUGACUUGCUGGAUUGCUUGGUGAAUCCACAGGUAACCAGGAUAGUGGCACAACUUUUGAUUCAAGGAAGAAGUUUGCGACUCUAAUAGAAAAUGACUUUUUCAAUAAUAUUUUAAGAAUAUUUUAAAAAUAAUAUAGUUUUAAAAUAAAAGAUGA